GGGCGCGGGGACCCGAAGGGCCGCCGUCGGGACCCCGCGGGGGAGGCGGCGGACGCCUGCAGGAAGAAGGGCGCGGGAGACCCGAGUCGGCGGAAGAGGGCCGAGGCGGCCGCGGCCGCGGCGACCCCCGCCGGGCCCGACGAGGCGGCCGAGCGGCCGGCCCAGGACGAGGCGCCCCAGGACGAGCCGCCGGCCGCCGGGCCCGGCAAGGGCCGCUUCCUCGUGCGCAUCUGUUUCCAGGGAGACGAGGGCGCCUGCCCGACCCGGGACUUCGUGGUGGGCGCGCUCAUCCUGCGCUCCAUCGGCAUGGACCCCGACGACAUCUACGCCGUCAUUCAGGUCCCCGGCAGCCGCGAGUUCGACGUGAGCUUCCGAUCCGCGGACAAGCUGGCCCUGUUCCUCCGCGUCUACGAGGAGAAGCGCGAGCUGGAGGACUGCUGGGACAACUUCGUGGUUUUGGGGCGGAGCAAGUCCAGCCUGAAGACCCUCUUCAUCCUCUUCCGGAACGAGACCGUGGACGUGGAGGACAUCGUGACCUGGCUCAAGCGCCACUGCGACGUGCUGGCCGUGCCCGUCAAAGUGACCGACAGGUUUGGCAUCUGGACCGGGGAGUACAAGUGCGAGAUCGAGCUGCGCCAGGGGGAGGGCGGGGUGCGGCACCUGCCCGGGGCCUUCUUCUUGGGCGCCGAGAGGGGCUACAGCUGGUACAAGGGGCAGCCCAAGACGUGCUUCAAGUGUGGUUCCCGGACCCACAUGAGCGGCACCUGCAGCCAGGACAGGUGUUUCAGGUGUGGGGAGGAGGGCCACCUGAGCCCCUACUGCCGGAAGGUCAUCGUGUGCAACCUCUGUGGCAAGAGGGGACACGCCUUUGCCCAGUGUCCCAAAGCCGUCCACAAUUCCGUGGCCGCUCAGCUCCCCGGCGUGGCGGGCCACUGAACGCGCGCGUCUGCCCGUGAGCACACAGCCAGCUUACCCCUCUUAAGUGCCAAAACUUUUUUCUUAAGAUUUUUUUUUUUUUUUUUAAUCGUUUUGGACCGAGAUGUUUCUGAAAGCCACCGGAGACGUUCUCUGUAUGCCUUUUCAGAAUCGUGAGCGCGCCUUUUUGGCCUGUUCAUGGUGAAUUCUACCGAAAGGACGAUUGGGGACUGCAGUGAGCAGGCACGUUGCCGCCCCCUCCCCUCCCCCCUUAUCCUCCCGUUUUGCGUUUGUUUUGGUCUUGUCGUCGACAUACACACACACACCACACCUUGUAUUUUCUACUACCUCCGUCCUCAUACGUCUUCUCCUCAGAAGAUUCUUGCCCUUCGGGCUGCCUUGGUCAUCCUUCUGCCUCAGCUCCCGGUACAGAGCCCGCCCGACGAGGGAUAGGCACGCCAGCAAGUGUUGUAUUGGAUUGAGAACUUUGCUGACUGGCUUCUGUCGGUCAGAACGGCAGAGUGUACCUUUUGCAGCUCUCGGCUGGGCCCUUUUCAUUUGCUGCUUCUAUGUGGUGUCAGACUUUUGUGAAAUCAGUGUUGCUACAAGUGUGUAAUUGAAUAAGCUCUGAACGGUUGUCAAGGGCCUCCCGUGGCAUAAAAGUGUACCUACCUGUGACAGCUCCUUGUGGUGACUCAGAAGCCGCAUUUCUAUAGGAUGGUGGAGCUAAGGCUCUCCUGCUGGAGAAGACCCAAGAGGUGUUUGUUUCGGUUUUGCUUUGUUUGUUUGUUUGUUUGCUUGGGGCGGUUCUUGGGGAGAGGUUGCUUUUGGUUUUGUGUUUUGAGACUGGGUGUCAGUGUGCCUUGUCUCAGCCUGCCUGGAACUGGCCGCACUCACAGAAUAGGCUGGCUUCAACCUUACAGUGGUUGUCUCACGUCUGCCUCCAGGAAGGGUGGUUUCCAGCAGGUGAGAGACCCCAGGCAGGUUCAGUGACUGGCCCAAGUGCACAGCGCAUGGAGCCUCACAUAGCCCAUUGUAGAGUCCCCUGACCCCAAGCCCGGUGCUCAUCCCACUACCUCUCACACUUCACGAUCUCCUCCACACUGGUGGGCCAAGGAAGUCUGCUCUCUCCACAGCGAUGAGCCCACACAGCGCUGAGACACCAUCCCUGGAUGAGCAGAGAGGAAGCUUGUCCUGCCAUUUCAUAGUAUUUGGGGUAGGGAAGGGACCAGGGAACACACUCUAGGUACGGAUCAGUCGAUCAGUCCGUAGAGUACGGCAUCUGAAAUGUUCCGGGGCCUACCCCGUCCACUGUCACCGUGAGAAACUGCCCCUCAGAAGAGAAACUACGGAUGUUUACAUUUGCACCUCUGCCUCGGCUACUUAGGAACCCUAAAAAGGUUAGCGAGAGCUCAUCAGCCACUGAACUCUGACCCUCAGGGGAAAGGUGUUUUUAACCCAGAAUCAUGAGUGAACUGUAAACUCGAAAAUGUUCUUGGGGAAACAGGCCACGGACAGAGGGUCUGAGUCGACUAAGUGUUAGCAAGUUAAAGUGAGAGACAGUAAACUGCUCUUCAGUUUUCGUCUUCUCUUUACUGUUUUGCUAUUUCCUCGUGGCGUAGAAUGUAAAAUCAAUUGCUAAGAUUUGUUCUGAAUAAAUAUUUAUCUUUCUUAUAA